AGCCCUAGCUUCUGCUCUGAGGUUUUCCACCACCUCUUUUCAUCCACAUAUAGGUGGUGCCAAUGUCGACUCCUGCGAGGAAGAGGCUAAUGAGGGAUUUUAAGAGGUUGCAACAAGACCCACCUGCAGGCAUCAGUGGAGCACCCCAAGACAACAAUAUUAUGCUCUGGAAUGCUGUGAUAUUCGGUCCUGAUGAUACUCCUUGGGAUGGAGGUACAUUCAAGUUGACUCUUCAGUUUACAGAGGAUUAUCCAAACAAACCCCCAACGGUUCGAUUUGUUUCUCGAAUGUUUCAUCCAAAUAUUUAUGCUGAUGGAAGUAUUUGUUUGGAUAUUUUACAAAAUCAAUGGAGCCCUAUAUAUGACGUAGCUGCUAUACUCACAUCUAUCCAGUCAUUGCUCUGCGAUCCCAAUCCGAAUUCCCCUGCAAAUUCUGAAGCUGCUCGGAUGUUUAGUGAGAACAAGCGUGAGUACAACCGAAGAGUAAGGGAAAUAGUGGAGCAGAGCUGGACAGCAGACUAGCUCUUCCUUGGGUGGGGUAAUUCAA